AUUUUAUUUUAUUUUAUUUUUUAUUUUAUGGUCUGUAUUUUAUUUUUUGAUGCAACAAUUGUUCAGGGUAGUCUCAUUUACAAAUCAUGGCUAAAGAAAACUGGUCAAAUGGUUCAAGAUAAUAGUGUGUGAUGAGAAGCCUUCUUUAAAUGUUUUUAAAGUUUAUGAUUAAAAUUAGGUUCGGAUUAGAGUUAGACUCGGGAUUAAGAUAAGCCAUAUAUUUGUUAUAGAUUAGAUAAGGUUAGUUAGGGUAAGAACCCAGGGAAUGCAUUAUGACUGUGUGAAGUACUUACGAACGUGUGUGUGCGUGCACGCGCGCGCAUGUGUGUGUGUGCGGUGCAAGUAUAAAUAUAGAGGCAUGGCUGCACGGCGCUCGUGUGCGGCUGAAGCCAGUGCGCCUGCUGGUCUCUCGGAAUAAGCGCAACUUCCACACGCUCCUGGUUCCUCUUCUCUCUUUCGCUCUUUUUUUAUUUUUCUUUCUUUUAUAAAUUUUAUUCUUCUUUUUUCUUGGUGGAAGGAAGGACCAAGGCCUGGGCGGCUGUUUCCAGAGCCACCCCCCGGGAUGGGCUCUCUGUCGGCCCUGCGCACUCUCCUGAUCCUGGGCCUGUUCGCGAGACUUGCGCUGUGCGCUCCGGCCCUGAAUCGAACUGCGGAGCGCUGGGAGGCCCUGUACUCCCGCUCCUUGGCACGGAUCCCGGGGGAGAAGCGGGUGGAUAUCAACCGGGACAGCGACUACCUGCUGGGUAUUAAGAGGCUGCGACGCCUCUACUGCAACGUCGGAAUCGGCUUUCACAUUCAGGUGUUACCGGACGGCAGAAUAACCGGGGUUCACAACGAGGACCGAUACAGUCUUCUGCAGAUCUCUACAGUAGAGAGAGGCGUGGUCACUCUGCUGGGCAUGCGCAGUGGACUCUUUGUGGCCAUGAACCGCAAAGGAAAACUCUACGGAUCUGUGAGUUUACACUUCAACAACGAGUGCAAAUUCAGGGAGAAGCUGCUCGCCAACAACUACAACUCCUACGAGUCGGUGGCCUACCCCAAGAUGUUCGUCGGCCUGAGUAAGAACGGUAAAACUAAAAGAGGAAACCGAGUGUCUCCCGCCAUGACGGUGACACACUUUUUACCCAGGAUCUAGUCGACAGACUCCACCUCAGCACGGAGACGACGGCAGGGAGAGAGAAAAAAAACUCCAAACCUUGAUGCACUUUCACGCCACGUCACAAGCAAGUGUAUCAUACUUGUUAUUUUCUUAUGUGUAUAUAUCUGUUUUUCUAUUCAUGUAUAAUAUGAGUUUUGUACUUUUUAGAACUUUUUUUCUUAAAACUGUUUGGAUUAUCAGAGGGGGAUCAGAGUUAUUGAUUUUAUUUUAUAAUAUUGCGAACAUUUGCUGCUAUUUGGAUGAAAGUCUGUUGCUAGUUUGUUGUGCACUGGUGCGUAAAGAAGCAGCAGUGAGUCAGAGAUUUUGAUUUUAUUAUUAUUAUUAUUAUUAUUAUUAUUAUUAUUAUUAUUAUUAUUAUUAUUAUUAUUGUCUAGAUUUUGAUAGAUGUUGACGACCACUCAUCCCAGUACAAAAGUCCAACAUUUUUCCAGAUAUUUUUCAAAUUCAAAGCAUCACAGUUGUGAGGCCUGACCUUACACAAUUACUCAUGAAACUUUAUCAAACAUUUAGAGCUAUUUUUAUUAGUAUUCCCGUUUUUCUGUGCUAAAUGUUUAUAAAAUGUUUUUUUAAAAAGUGUUCUCAGAAGUAACCUCCAGAAAACCGUCCCAUCAUGCACCAUGGUCCUCUUUUAGCCUUUAGCUUAGUUUGGACCAUUUGUGUCUCUUAGCACGACCAUCUUGAAAAUCUUAAGAGGAUAUGGCUCAUCUGAAUUUUGUGGCAAAAAUCUUUUGUGUUUGUGGGCAAAGCUGUGGGUUGUGUUUGAAAAGGAAGCCCAAAACUAGGCCAAAUUAUAUCAGGGCAAAAAACGUUUUGAGGCAAAUACUUUAAACAUUGUUUUUAGAAAUACAAAAUCCUUAACUUUUUUUCUGUCGACCUUUUCCUCAAUUUGUAUAUUAAAUAGAUUUAUUAUUAUUUAUUAACAUUUUAUUACUAUUCUAUUAUUUUAUUAUUACUAUUGUGAUCAAAUAUAUCUUUAUUUCAUGUCCCGUUAGCGCCCCUGUUGUCAGCGGUGGUUGCUCCAUGUACUGGUGCUUUUGAGUGGCACCGGAGCCUAAUUGAAACAGUAUCGUCUCACUGUUAGCACUGUGUGAGCAUGUGUGUUUGUGGGAUUGGGGGAGGGGAGUUUGAAGAAACCCCACAACCCCUCUACUGGUCUGUUUAUAGCCCUGCCAAGGAGGGUGAACUCUGAACUUUUCUGCCCUUCAUCUCCGUCAGAUCUAUGAGGCUCUUGAUGGAGCGCUACAUCCUCUGUGCAGUUGUACAAGAGAGGGAAAUCUGCAGGAUUUAAAGGCAAGGUCAAAGAGCUGAAAUGUAGCCGAUAAACCGGUAGCCUUGGCCGCAGAAUAGGACCAUUCUUUAUGUCAGGUUAUUUCAGUUUGUCCGGUGGCUCUUGGAAUGGAAGAAAUGAGUCUGCCUGCCGGAUCGGAAGCCGGACAGUCACAUAACUCAUGGCAUGUUUGUGCAGCUAGGACAGAUAUUUCCUUUAUUGCCUGCUUGUUUGUGUCUACGUCAUUUACCUAGUCAUCGUCGUCUUUUCAUAGACGACACAACUCAUUGUAAUUAUAUGAACUAAGCUAAGUCGCGGACUUUCGGUAGCAGUGGAGGUUUCCUGUAAAGGACAGGUUCAUGUGUGUCCUUUCAAUAGUUAUGUUAACUGUCAACUUUUGACCUAGUCCUUACCAAUCUAUUCCCAAUCUGGUGCCUCUUUAGUAUACACAGAUCUG